UUGCUUAACUAUUUUAGCUACCCAUCCAUGUUACUAAAGCUUCCAUCCUUACUCUUCCUUCUCCAUCUUCUCCUUCUCCUUAAGCUUGUAGCUUCUUCUCCUACCGAAGGAGUAAACUUCACCAUCAAUGGAUUCUCCCGAGCCAACCUCACCCUCGACGGCAUCGCGACGGUAUCCUCCAAUGGCCUCUUAAUCCUAACGAACAACACUAUUGAACAAAAAGGCCACGCCUUCCACCCUUCCCCUCUCUGCUUCCGCUGCAACCUCUCCGACGGUAGCAUCCCCUCCUUCUCCACCACCUUCGCCUUCGCCAUCGCCCCCCAGCUUGCCGACCUCGGCGGCAACGGGUUCGCCUUUGUAAUCACCCACUCGACAGACUUCUCCAAUGCCCAACAGGCCCAGUUCUUGGGCUUGUUCAACCCGGGCAACAAUGGCAACGCCACCAAUCAUGUCGUUGCCAUCGAGCUCGACACGAUACUCAACCCCGAGUUCCAAGACAUCGACGACAACCACGUCGGGAUCGACAUCAAUGGGUUGCAGUCCCAGGCAGCACGAACAGCCGGGUACUAUGCGGACAAUACCGGAGAAUUCAGGAACUUGACCCUCAUCAGUGGCAAGGCCAUGCAAGUGUGGGUCGACUACAACGGCAUAGAUUCGAUGCUAAAUGUUACGCUCUCCCCUAUAAACAAAAUUGGAACGCCGACGACGAAGCCUACUAAACCGUUGAUGUCGUUCACGGUCAACCUCUCCGCCGUGCUGUUAGACUUGCCCGUGCACGUGGGCUUCUCCGCGGCAACGGGCUCCAUGACGUCGUCACACUAUGUCCUCGGAUGGAGCUUCGCCAUGGGCGUAGGUCACGUUCAGGCCCCGCCCCUUGACUACUCGAAGCUGCCUGCGAUCCCCCGCGCGAAUCUCAAACGCCACAGGUCGAGAACUCUGGGCUUGUGGCUGGCCGUGGCUUCUUUAGUGUUCGUGCUGCUGGUGACGGUUGUGGCAUUCACGGAGGUGAGGCGGCGGAAAAAGUACGCGGAGCUUCGCGAGGAUUGGGAGGUGGAGUUCGGGCCACACCGGUUCUCCUACCGAGACCUCUUCCGAGCCACCAACGGGUUCAGCGAGAGGGAGCUGCUGGGAGUCGGCGGCUUCGGGAGGGUCUACAGAGGAACAUUGCCAAAUUCUGGAGCGGAGGUGGCGGUGAAGAGGGUCUCCCACGAGUCGCGGCAGGGGAUGCGGCAGUUCGUGGCGGAGAUUGUCAGCAUGGGCCGCCUCCGCCACCGCAACAUCGUGCAGCUGCUCGGCUAUUGCCGUCGCAAGGGGGAGCUUCUCCUGGUCUACGACUUCAUCCCCAGUGGUAGCCUCGACAAGUACCUGCACUAUGGACGGGAUCAUAAGCCUGCUCUCGGGUGGUCGCAAAGGUUUCGGAUCGUGAAAGGGGUCGCGGCGGGGCUCCUCUAUCUUCACGAAGAGUGGGAGCAAGUCGUUGUGCACAGAGACAUCAAGGCAAGCAAUGUGCUGCUGGACGGCGAGAUGAACGCCAAGCUGGGAGAUUUCGGUCUCGCGAAGCUGUACGACCACGGGAUCGAUCCGCAUACAACCCACGUGGUGGGGACGAUGGGUUAUCUCGCGCCGGAGCUUGUAAGGAGUGGGAGGGCAUCCACUGCCACCGACGUGUUCGCCUUUGGAGUUUUCGUCUUAGAGGUUGCUUGCGGGCGGAGGCCGGUGGAGGAAUUGGCCGUGGGCCCGCAAGGGGAGCAACUCAUGUUGGUGGAUUGGGUGAUCGAGAAUUGGCGAGAGGGUUCGAUUCUCGACACGGUGGAUUCCGGAUUGGGAGGAGAGUACGCAAGGGAGGAGGCGGAGAUGGUGCUGAAGCUGGGUCUGAUGUGCUCGCACCCGCACCCGGAGGCACGGCCGGGCAUGCGGCUGGUGGUGCAGUACUUGGAGGGCCGAGCACCGCUCCCGGAGCUGUCGCCGGAUUAUCUCUACUUCCGCAACCUAUCAUUGGCUUACAACGAAGGUUUUGAUGAUUUUGUCAUCUCCUAUCCAUCCUCCGUGCCAAGUGCAUCUACUUUCUCCGGAGGAAAAUGAACAUUAGCUAUGUAUUUUAUUUUUUUAGGAAAGAAAUAGCACAUUAAAAAGAUGAAUUAAGGUGCAGAAGUAAAAUAAGGGAUCUCCGAACAGGACUGGAAUGAUAAAAAAAAAAACAAAUAAAAGUUAUCUAUGACAAGAAUUAUUUAUA